CCAUGUGGGUCCACGUGUGGAAUAUCGAUUUUCGUGGAGCUAAAUUGCAGCAAGACAAAUUAGUCUGCUCACUCUACUAUGCCGCACUGUUAGGCCUUACCAAUGUCAUAACCGACAUUUGCGAAAGAAUAAACUCUCGGUCUGAUCCAACACUGAGGUUGGCUCAAAUACUAAAACAAAGAGGCGGCAGUCAUGGCACAGCACUUCAGGCAGCUUCUUACGGAGGUCACAUGUAUGCGGUUGAGCUGCUCCGUCAGAAGGCUGCUGACGUGAACACAUGAUCACGGCGAGCCAGACUAUGCAAAGUGCACCGGGCGUGACGAAGAAUUCCAAUCUCUGGCCGUCUUAUGAAAGUGCUACUUCCACUUUUGAUUCGGACAUAUUCACUACAAAAACUAGAGAAUUCGGUUACAUACAUUACUCUGGACAUGAUACCGGAAAGCCGCCUUCUGGUUCUCAUUUCAACCAGGCCGGAGGAGACUUGGUGGUGACCCUUCUCAGCGGAGGGGAAGAGACCCGCCAAGAAUAUCUCUGGCGCCAUAUAUCAAAAUCUACCAUGGCAAUCGUUACUUGUUCUGUUGAACAUAUGAAAUCCAGCACACCUCGCCUAAUUGGGUCCAGCGCAAUCAGGCUAUGUUGGCGGGCUGAUUGCUGUGCGGUCUCUGCCGGCCGAUGCAAUGUUACCAACCGGCGCUAGAUCGCCUCAUCUAUCACUCCACAAUCGUCUGCGAUGCCCGUAGGCAGUACCAAUGCCUGGUCACAUUGCGCCUCGGCGGCAUAGAUCUAGCCAGCGGCGUCAAGUACGGUUCCCUUCAACAAAUC